AUGCUCCCUCCAGGAGCUGAGGCCCCAGACUGCUGCUUGGACAUGCAGCUGACAGGCAAGGUGGUGUUGUCUGCUGCCGCCCUGCUCCUGGUGACCGCUGCCUACAGACUGUACAGGUCGAGACCUGCCCAGGCCCCUCCUGGGGGUGGAUAUGCCAAAGCCGAAGGUGGAGAGGAAGCAGAGGGCUCCCGGCCACUGGCCACCCAGAAGGCUUCUCCAGAGGCUCUCCAGCGGGGGCUGAGACGACGCAGGGCUAGCCAGGAGGCCAGGGCCCUUCAGGACUGCAGCAGGGAGACUUCAGGGGCCUCCAGUGAUCUGGCAACAGCAGCCACUUCCAGAGAUGGGGAGCCCAAGAGGAGAAGUAGCCAUGAGGAGGAGGCCCAGCAGUGCCCUGACUCUGAGCAGGUGCCACCACCCUGUGGGGGCCAGGAAGUCAGAGCAGUUCUUGGCGGUAAGCCUGACCCUCCUCACCACUCCUACUUAGACAGUGAACCCAAAAACUCCCCAAGUGGACUUGCUGCAAUGGGUAUCAGCCUUGCCCCAUGGCAGCACUGCAGACCCCCUGAGGAGUCAGUGAUGGAGCAGUCUGGCUUCCCCCAUCAGCACUGGCUGACCCAUCAGGAAGGUAGCAGUGACAUGAACAAGAGUUGGGUCUUCACCCACAUGUCAGGGGUCCACAGGGAAGGGGCCGGUGCCCUCCAGGCUGCCUCAGACAUGGACCUGGCCUUGCAUCAGCAGGAGGGGGCCACCAAUGCUUGUUACACAUUUUCAUCUACGGCCCGGGUUCGAGCGGAGGAGAACUUCAUACAGGAGAAGGUGGCCGGGAGCAGGCCCAGGCUGAAAGGCAAAGUGUACGAGUACUAUGUACAGUCUGAUUCUCAAGCCGUCUCUAGAGGAAGGUUGGCCUCCAAGACAUCAGCCCUGGCUGAGGCUCCAUCCUCUAUGCCAGGCCUCCCGGACACCAGGGCAGCACUCAGGGGCCAUGAUAAUGACAAGGAAGGUGAAACUGAAACGCCGGCCCCCUCCCAGCCCAGGCUGCCCACCGCCACGACUGGCUUCAGCAGGAAGCAGAGUCUUCUCCACAUCGUGGAGAACCCAGAGCUACAGCUGCAGCUCGGUGGCUUUGAGAUGCCAGCUUCCCCUAGCCCAGAGCAGGAUGCCCCAACCAACGGCCCCCCAUUCCCGGACUCCAGCUCAGCCGUAAGCAGUAUGGAGGAGUCCCGCGUGCAGUUCGUGGCUGGGACUAAUUUCUUCCGCCUCCCGCUCAGCCCCAGUUCAACCCCGGAUGUUCACUUGGACCUGGCCAAUUGUUAUGAGGUUCUGACCUUGGCCAAAAAGCAGAAGCUGGAGGCGCUGAAGGAGGCGGCCUACAAGGUGAUGAGCGACAACUACCUACAGGUCCUGCGCAGCCCGGACAUCUACGACCGCUUGAGCGGGGGCGAGAGGGAGCUGAUCCUCCGGCGCAGGCUCCGGGGCCGUCAGUACCUGGUGGUGCUUGAUGUCUGUCCCCAGGAGGACUCUGGCAGCCUCUGUUGCUAUGACGAUGAGCAGGAUGCCUGGCACCCACUGGCCCGCCUGCCCCCUGAGGCUGUCUCCAGGGGUUGUGCCCUCUGCAGUCUCUUUAAUUAUCUCUUCGUGGUGUCUGGGUGCCAGGGGCCCGGACUCCAGCCCUCCAACCGCGUCUUCUGCUACAACCCACUGACGGGGAUCUGGAGCGAAGUCUGCGGGUUGAGCCAGGCCCGGCCCCACUGCCGAUUGGUGGCCCUAGAUGGGUACCUGUAUGCCAUCGGGGGUGAGUGUCUGAACACUGUGGAGCGUUAUGACCCCCGCCUGGACCGCUGGGACUUUACGCCGCCCCUCCCCAAUGACACCUUUGCACUGGCGCACACAGCCACAGCCUGCGCCGGGGAGCUCUUCGUCACGGGUGGCACACUGCGCUACCUGCUGCUCCGCUUCUCCGCCCAAGAGCAGCGCUGGUGGGCCGGCCCCACGGGGGGUGGCAGGGACCGCACAGUCGAGAUGGUCGCUGUUAAUGGUUUCCUUUACCGCUUUGACCUCAACCGCAGCCUGGGCAUUAGCGUGUACCGCUGUAGCGCCAGCACUCGGCUCUGGUAUGAGUGUGCCACUUACCGGAUGCCUUACCCAGCCGCCUUCCAGUGCGCGGUGGUGGACAACCACAUCUACUGCGUGGGACGCCAACACACGCUUGGUUUUCUGGCAGACCACAUCUCACCCAGGUUUGUGCCCAAGGAGCUACAGAGCUUUCCCUCCCCGCGAGGCACUCUCCUGCCCACUGUCCUGACCCUGCCCACUCCCAGCGUGCCCCAGACCAGAGUCUAG